AUUGUAUCGCCGGGUUUUAGACUGAUCAUAAUUUCCAAUAUGGUUGACCACCGCAAAUUUUGGAGCAGCGCACAUUUUUGGGACGAAUUUUACAUAGCGAAUCAUUAAUAUGCAAAACAAUGCUGACGAAAUAACUAUUUGACAUUGGUGUUUUUCAAUAUGCAAUGCAUUUUAAUGGACAUUGAUUAAUACGUUCGAAAUAUCGCAUUUAUAAUAGAGGUUUGCGUACCAAACUCGCAAAACAUGGCGUCGCCUUCUCAUAAAAUGAGUGAGGAAAAUCUAGAAAAGAAGAUGCAAAAUGUCACUAAUACUCAAGACAGCAUACAGAGUUUAUCACUUUGGUUAAUACACCACAAAUCUCACCACAGACGCGUUGUGGAUGUAUGGAUGAAAACGUUUAAAAAAGCAUCCUCAAAACAUAAACUGGUGUUAUUCAACCUGUGUAAUGAUGUCUGUCAGAAUGGAAAAAGAAAGAAAGCUGGUGUUUACAUUGAGAGCUUUAGGACAGUGCUGGCAGAAGCUGUAGGAUGUUCUCGUGACAAAACUAUUCAGCCAAAUCUAACAAGGAUAUUGAAAAUAUGGGGAGAAAGAAACAUCUUUCAGAAGGCGUUUCUAAAUGAGUUGGUGGAAAUGUUAACAAAAGAAUCCCCAGCACCUACCCCUGUCACUAAUACGGCUGUAAGUCCCGCCACACCAGCAGGAUCCACCCCAGCCACUCCCACACCAACAUACAAACCAACAACAGUGGUCAAAGAUGAGGAGAAGAUACUAGCAGAAUUCAAGCCCCAGAUGCUGAUUGACAAAAUCAACUGCUACAAAAGACUGGAAGGAGAUGUGGAACUCAAAUUCAAACAGAUCUCAAGCCUGAAGCUGGAUGCCUCGAGUGUGGAGGCAGUCACACAGCUCAAAGACAGAGCCCAUGGAAAACAGUUCAGUCAGCAGUUCGAGGAUUCCUGUUCCAAGCUGGAGAAUUAUGUAACCUGUGCAGAACAGCAGAUUCUGGAGGAGAAGGUGAUGAUUGAGCUCCUGGAGCAGAGUGAAGUGUUUUAUGAUGAACAGUACAGAGAGGCUAGGAUUGUGGCUAAUGCCUACAAGAACUUUGGAACCAGAAUUAACAACCUGCGCAAGAAAUUGGAGGAAUUGAUGAAGUCUCUGCCCAGCCCAGUGCCCUCCCCUUCCUAUGAUGCUCCUUCACCUGGCAACACCCCACCCCUGGAGGAGAUCGACAAUACAGAGGCUGUGGACAUGGAUCUGGAUGAGGAGGACAACGUUACCCCUAGCAACAUCCAUGCUGCCCAGCAGGAUAGCAGCAUUAGUAAUAUAAUGGAGCCCCCUGAAAGCGAAAUGUACGACCCUGAGGAACAGCUGUCCUCCAAACAAAAAUAUAUUGCUGGACCAAAUGCUCUAGAGUCACGGAUUGCAACAAUGAUACCCUCACUCCCGACAGGCAGUGUUCAGCACAAUAAUGCAGUCCCUGCAGGAAAUCUUCAUCAGAGCAUGGACCCACGAUCUCAACUGCCACUACCUGUAGACAAUCCUCCUGUCUACAACCCACCCAAACCAGCAGUCAUCAAGGUGCUACAACAAGAGGAGGGAACCCCCACAAAAGAUGAGGGAAGUUCCACCCCAGUACUAGAUGAGAAGGAGGACUCCCCUCCCAGAACACACCAGAAUCCGAUCGAUUUCCUUACUCAGAUUCUGUCAAAAACACCUAAAACGUCCACUUCUAAUUCCAAUUUCCUGCAGAAUCUUUCUCUUCUUACAAACACAGUGAAAUCCCAGUUUCAACAAAACAGAGAAGCCAUGAAACAACCUCAGCCUACACUCCAGCCUCCAGCUCCUCAGACACCUAACUCCUGGGCUGAAUGGAAGGCACAAAUGAAACCAGAAGAGGUACAACAGGCAGUUGGUCCUCCUCUAGGGGUGCCACAGUCCAACCCACCCCAACAUUUACCACCACCAAUGUUUUCUCAAAUAAAUCCCAUGUCAUCAGCACCACAGCCAGCAUCUGUACCAGCACCUACAAUUCUUUCCCCUCCAAUUCUUUCCUCAUCUGUGGGUGUGGUCAGACCACCCCCUCUUCAGGCUCCUCAGCCUAAUUUCAUUCCUCAGCAGGUACCCAGUCCAGAGGCAUCAUGGAACCAUCAACCCCCUAUCCCCCCUCCCCAACCAUUUCCUUCACAGCCCAAUUUUUCUGCCCCUUCUGGAGGAGGGUUUCCAGGUGCUCAGGGUGAUCGAGUCUCUCCGACCUGGAAUCCACCAAGUGCUCCAAAUUCAGACAGACCAUCUACAGUAUGGAACCCACCACCUGGCCCCCCAGAUCACUCCCUCCCACUUUGGAACCAGCCGGCAUCUGGGCCUCCUCCUGGGAACAACUGGACUCCUCCUGUCAGUAAACCAGAACAGAAUUGGGGUAACCAAGGUGAAGGAUCCUGGAAUCGUCCUUGGGACCAGACUGAUGAUCCCUCUCCUGCAGAUGAGGAACCAUCUUCAGAUGUGUCACCACUUCCACCACCACCAAAGGGAAUUCUACGAAACAGAAAGUCUAGUCUUAAAGAGGUGCCAAUAACACCAAUCAAAUCUCUUGAAGAUAAUUCCUUCCCUAACCCCCCUGGGGAACCUCCCUUACCUACAGAUGGAAAAUUGAGGUCAGCAGCAAAGGACAAAACAGGCAACAAUGCACCUGAUGAUCACAGGGAGUUUCUUGAGAAGCUGAAGAGGAAGACUACUGGUGCUUCUGGCAGUAAUCUGGUGUCUCCACCGGUCGUGAAAGAAAAUCCUGACCGAGUCCAGGUUAGAUCUAACCUUGCCAAUAUCUCAAUGGGUAAUUCUGAAAAUAACACUUUUAUCAUAGGAACGGAUGAGGAAAAGGAGGGGGAACACAAUGUAUCAAAAAUAGAAACGGUGAGUGUGGAACGUCGGUACCAAAGUAAACACGACGACAUUCGCAUGCCAGAAAAACCACCAGUGCAUCGAGACUAUGAAUACGAAGAGGAUUAUGAGAGACAUGAUAAUGGUGGUUUUGGAGAUGACUAUAGACCCCCGUAUCGUGGUGGUGGGGGCCACUCAGGGCCACGGUACAGAAAUCCCGGUCCAUACAGAGGAGGGAGGGACUCAGGAUGGAGAGAUCCCCAAUACGUAGAUAGGCCUAGACCCCCUCCUCCAAGACAUUACCGUGAUCAAUACAGCGACUACAGGAGGCCAUAUUAUUACUAAUUGUAAAGCAUUUUAGAUAUUUCUACUUUGACCGACCAGAAAUCGAUCUGCAGAAAUAUUUAGAUUUAUGGAACAAUGUCUAUGCAUGAAGAAAGACUUUUGAGAUGUGCAGCUCUUAAAUACAAGAAUUGUAACAUGUUCAAGUGGAAUCUGAUUUAAGUGUAUUUCAUAAUAUUGUCAAAUCAUCUGCCAUGAUUGUUUUCAUUAUUUGUGAGAAUUUUUUCACCCAUUUGAAAAGCUGUUUAUUAAAUAGCUUUUAUUUUA